UUGGACGUCAUCACAGCCUACGCUGCUGAUUGGCCAAAUCGGGUUCACUAGUUUGCACUCUAUAUGACGUCAUAUUCAGUGCGUGUCAAUUGCAGUUUUUAAAAUAUCAUCACGUAUAAUGCAUAGCAAUCGCAGCACAAUUAAUAAGAUGGUAAUUAUAUUUUUAGCAAUGGUUUGAACAAAUUUUGUCCAUACCAAAUGGCGUAUGUUAGAUUUAAAUACUGUAGUUUUCAUUGCGUCUUUGCGGUCAAGUCGAAAAGAACAAAAAAAAAUAUAGAUAUAUAUCUAUUUUUUAUUUUUUUCUGAAGGUCAUGAUUGUGUGGUGACAUGCGUAACGGGUUAGUUAAGGUUGUUUUCUGAUGUAUUUGUCCAACUCGGUGUUUGCGUUCUGCAAUAUUCUAGAAUCUUUUUCCAUUGUGACAUCCAGAAGUCUGAGAUCCGAGUUGGAACGUUAACGCACCAUUGUUCAAUAAUCAACGUUACCUGAGUAUUUAUUUCGCGUUAUUUGGAGUAUCUUACCGUAUUAGAACACUUAAAAUGUCAUUGUGUGUUGAUGUGAAUUUAUAAUCAAAUGUCAGGCGGGGAAUUUUGGUCAUUCCACAACGGAGUUCAUUCCCGUCAUUCGCGUUCAGUUUGCUUGCUGCUAGAACGGCAGGGAAAGGAAAGAACGCGCCGCAAAAAAAUAGAAAGAAAGAUGAGGGCCAGGUUGCCGCUAUUGACUGUUCAGUUGUUCACUGUUGUCAUUUGUAUGCACGUUUUGUCAGGAAUGUUCACGUAUGCGUGUUUUGUCACGAUAACACGGGCGUGAACGCAACGCCGUGACGUGAGUCGAGCGGGAGUGAAGCUGCUGUCCGGGAAUGGAAACAUAACGGCGUGGAGAGCAACAACAUGACGGACGCAGAUGCGCCAUCUCAGAGCGGCGGCUACGACGUGGAGCAGUUUGUGGACACCCCGGACUACGACCUCAUCUGCACCAUAUGCCAGGGGGUCCUGCGGUGUCCGGUUCGAGCGGCUUGCCACCACGUCUUCUGCAAGAAAUGUAUUCUGCAGUGGCUCAAGAGACAGGAGACUUGCCCCUGCUGCCGGAAGCCCAUUCACGCGAGCAUGAUCUUUGUCAUGUUCAAACUGAGCAAGUCCAUUGGACGCAUGAAGAUAAAGUGUAAGAACGAGAUCCGUGGCUGCGCGGCGACAGUUCCCCUCUCGGAGCAAUACUGCCACAGCCUGAACUGCUUGUACGAGCUGGUACCUUGCCCGUACGCCGGGUGCCGGGCGCAGCUGCUCCGCCGCGACCUGGAGACUCACGCGCGCCACUGCGAGCACUGGCGCCAGCAGUGCCACAUGGGCUGCGGCACCGUGCUGUGCCACCGCACGCGGGCGCAGCACAACUGCUACAUGGAGCUCAAGCUGCAGUACCAGGCUAAGAGCAGGAACCACGGGGCCAUCGCCGCCGCCCUGCAGCGCAAGAUGAGGAGGAUGCAGAACACCAUGGCGCACAUGAAGAGGCAAAUGGGGCUAAUAUGCGAGAGUCUGCAGGUCACGGACGAGGUGCACAAGGUGAACGAGGACUCGGGGGAGGGCACCUCCAGAUCCGCACGGACCAGAUUCAGCAGCGACGGCUGACGGUCGAGGGAAGAACAAUUCAUGCUGCCGCGUUUCUAAAUGUGUUCAUUUCAAUUGAUGUCGUGUGUUGGAAUAUGCAGCUCGGUCGAUCAUCACAUUAAACUGAGUGAAUUUGUAACAUUUGCGUGCUCAUAUUGUAAAUAAAACAAGGAUUACUAAACAUGCAACUAUAUGGACUAAUGGAAGUUGGAUCACGGGGGGAGAAAAACACAGUACAUUUUUCACACAAAGUGUCAUUUUUCAAAAACUGAAAUUGAAAUAUUUAUUUUCAUUGUUAAGAAAGCAAAAUAUGUUUACCUUCAAAGUUUGGGAUGUCAAUAUUAACUGAAAUGUCUUUUCGCCCCUUUUUUAUUCAAAAAAGUGUAAAAAAAAAAAGAAAAACUG